AUGGCUGAGGCUGGAUUAUCAGGACGACACUUCCAAACUCAAGGGCAUGUGAAUGAUUCACAUCACAAUCUCUCACAGACCAUUGCGGGAGCUACACCCGAGCAUUUUGGAGCGCGGGCAAGACGAAAAUACGACAAUCGAUUAAAACAGGGCCGUUUCUGCGGUGGGCCUAGGAUGAGAUCUAAGGAAGCGAGGAAGAAGCUUGUUGAUUGCGCCUUGGCUUCAUCUCUUAUUCUAAUCCUCUUUAUCAUAUCCUUGACGGUAUUUGUGAUAUAUUUUUGCCAUUCCUUUAUUCUUUUUUUCAUGCUCUCAUGGCGAACAAGCCCGGCACCUCUUCCUCCCGCUGCACCAAAAGCGGUCAGCACCCUGGAAUACGCCCUGCCGGACGAGCCAAUACCGGUAAUUCUGGCUCGAGAUGAAGAGAUCAUGAUGGAAGUAGACUCGAAUAAUCGCAAUGGCGGCAGCAAGCACUUGGGUGGACUUGCUCCACCGCCACCCGCCUAUGGCUUUUGGAGGGAUAGUGUGAAAAUAAACCCAAAUCUCGUCCACUGGCAGCGACGCGACCCAACCAAUUCGCACGGAAGAGGCACAGGAAAUGAUAACGUCCACGAAGCACUGAAUCGCCCCCCGAGCUAUGAUGGAGACCUUCAUCGCGUCAUCGAUGAGCAGCCACAGUUGCGUCUCCACGUACCUGACGGUUUGGAUAUUCAGCCUGGAGAGCUUCUGGAACAGAAGCGGUGA